GUAAAUCAGAAUUGUGUGUCCAAGUCUAAUGAAUCACAUGAAAUAAGGUAAAUGUGUGUGUGUGUGUGUGUGUGUGUGUGUGUGUGUGUAUGUAGAAUUAAUAUUCCAUGUAUUUUCAAAAUAUCCAGCAGUGAAAACCUAACUAUCGCUAUAUGAUGGAAAUAGACAAGAGGAACUUUAGACAAGUAUUCUUUUUCUUAUUCUAAUUCUUAUCAUAAUAAAGCACUACUAUUAAGGUGGAACUUCCCACAAAUGCAAAUGCCCCAGGAGGUAGAUGCUGCUGCAGCUGAUGAACAAAAUAGCUGGUUGCAGGAGGAGAUUCCUGCUGUAAAGCGGCUUCAAGUCGAAAAUGUAACUAACGCCGAGAAAACUGAUAUAUGAGCCGGGAAAACGCUCAGCCGCCCACACUGAUUUUUUUUUAAAAAAACAUAUAUCUCAGUGCGUGGACUUGAUUCUCGUAAACCUCCCCUGAUCGUGCGGCAGAUCUGAUGAGUUGAGUGGGAAAGAACUAAAGGCUCGGCAGGAAGCAGGGGCCUGAACUGAGCCUUUCUACACCAGUCUUUGGGACCUCUUGAUCCACUAAUGGAGUGGUUCCAUUGGUUUCGGCACGGACGGCAACAGGUGGCCUCCACAGAGUCGAAGCACGGCUGGUCCUCUGCCAAUGACUCACCAGCCUCAAAAGGUGAUUUAGAUUCCCGGGACCACUCGCGACACAGGCUUUCAGGAAAACGAAGAACAGUGGUGGCACGAUAUGGUCCACACCGGGCAGAAUACCAAAGCAUCUCUAAAGGUUAUCAAGGGAACAGUAUUCGGACCACCAAGUACACCGUCCUCAGCUUCAUACCCAUGAAUCUGUUCCAGCAGUUUCACAGAGCGGCAAACCUGUACUUCCUGUUCCUGGUGUUGCUGAACUGGGUUCCAGUGGUGGAGGCCUUUCAGAAGGAGAUUACCAUGAUCCCUCUCAUUGUCGUGCUCACUGUCAUCGCCUUCAAAGAUGCCAUAGAAGACUACAGGCGCUACUGCUAUGACCAGAGGAUAAACAACAAUCUCACACACGUGUACAGUGGUAAACAGCAGUGCUACGUGGAGAGGCGCUGGGCUGAUGUGUGUGUGGGUGAUGUGGUGCAUUUGUGCUGUAAUGAGAUCAUUCCCGCUGACCUGGUGCUGCUCCACUCAUCCGACCCAAAUGGAGUGUGUCACAUCGAAACUGCCAACUUGGACGGAGAAACCAAUCUGAAACAGAGACAGGUGGUCAAAGACCUACCACAACAAGGAUCGGAAUUUACUCCAGAGAACUUCAGCAGCCGCAUUGAGUGUGAAACCCCCAAUGAUGAUCUGAGACGUUUUAGAGGCUACAUGGAGCACCCUGAUAAAGUACGGGUGGGAUUACAUAGUGAAAAUCUCUUGUUGAGGAGCUGUACAGUGAGGAACACUGAGACUGUGAUUGGCAUUGUGGUCUAUGCAGGUCAUGAGACAAAAGCAAUGCAGAAUAACAGUGGCCCACGCUAUAAGCGAAGUAAUCUGGAGCGCAAACUCAACAUAGACAUUAUUUGGAGUGUAGUCUUACUACUGCUCUUGUGCAUUACUGCUGCUGUGGGCCAUGGUGUGUGGUUGAGCAGCCUGAAGGAUCCGAUCUUUAUGAUCUCAGAUGGCACACACCCAGCUCUUGCUGGCUUCUACAUGUUCUGGACCAUGAUCAUUGUUCUGCAGGUUCUCAUUCCCAUUUCUCUGUACGUGUCUAUAGAAGUAGUGAAAUUAGGGCAGAUCUAUUUUAUCCAGAAUGAUCUGGAUCUAUAUGAUGCCAGGCUGGAUACUGGUAUACAGUGCAGGGCACUGAAUAUCACUGAGGACCUGGGACAGAUCCAGUACUUGUUCUCAGAUAAGACAGGAACCCUGACAGAAAAUCGCAUGCUGUUUCGUCGGUGCACUGUCGCCGGCAAGGAGUACCCUCAUAAUGAGCAUGCACAAGCUAUGGAGCAGUAUGAGGAGCAGGUUGCUGGCCGACCUGAGCGCACACUCGCAUUGCGUUCUAGCUCCAGGAAGUCUCUCAGCUGCAACCGCAGUUCCUUAUCCCUCAACACCCUCACUGCUGCUUCUGACACACACUCGCCACAUAGCACACUCCAUCAUCAUGUAGCUGGGGCUUUUAGCAGCGCCAUGGAGUGUGCAGUGAUUCCAGAUGUGAAGCUGCAUGAAAAGCUGCAAGCACUUUCAUUUCCUCAGUGCUCUUCUAUUAAGUAUGAUACUGCAGAUCUCUCACAAAUCCUAGACUUCUUCCUUGCCCUGGCUGUCUGCAACUCUGUGGUGGUUUCCUCCCCCAGUCAGCCACGUCAUGUGGUGAAGACACCAGUGGCUCGCACUCCUUUACGCUCUCUGGAGGAGAUGAAGACUCUGCUGCAGAAACUGAGUCGCCCUCGCUUUUCACUGUCCCCCACUGAGAACUCUGACAGCCCUUCUGGUAACACCAGGAAGUUAUUUUCUCUCAGUCGUCACAGUCACUCUACGCCUCCACAUAUACCUACACACUCUCCAUCACCCAGCUCUGCCAUCACGCCUCAACAGCAGCACCACACAGAGGUCCUCGACCAAGACUACGAUGAAGAUGAUAAAGAAGAAGAUAACGAUGAUAAAGAAGAGGAGUUGCUAUAUGAGGCAGAGAGCCCAGAUGAGGCUGCACUGGUACAGGCUGCGAGGGCGUAUGGCUGCACUCUGCUGGGCAGGUCCCCGGAGCAACUGCUGGUUGCCCUGCCAGGCACCGGGCCACUCACUGUGCCGCUGCUUCACCUACUGCCCUUCCACUCUGCCCGCAAAAGAAUGUCAGUAGUGGUACGUCAUCCACUCACCAGCCAGGUGGUACUCUACACCAAAGGAGCUGACAGUGUCAUUAUGGAACUGGCUGGGACAUCAGACAAUGGUGAUAAUUCUAGAGAGAUCAUGAUGCGAACACAGCGACACCUAAAUGACUAUGCCAAGGAAGGCCUGCGAACACUCUGUGUUGCAAAAAGAGUCCUGCAGGAGGCGGAGUAUAAGGCAUGGCUAACUGAACAUACUGUUGCUGAAACCAGUAUUGAAAACAGGGAAGAACUACUUUUAGAAUCCGCUCAGAGAUUGGAAACUAACCUUACAUUAUUAGGGGCGACAGGUAUAGUGGAUCGAUUACAGGAAGAUGUUCCAGAGACCAUUGAAGCUUUACAGAAGGCAGGGAUUAAAGUAUGGGUGCUCACAGGGGACAAACAAGAGACCGCCAUUAACAUCGCAUGUGCCUGUAAACUCUUACAAGCGACUGACCAGUUACUUACUGCCAACUGUGACAGCAAGGAAGCAUGUGAAGCUCGGCUUUUAGAACUCCAGCAGGAGAUCAAAGUCGCUAAAGACAAAGGGUUGUCUGAUUUUGAUGUGGCUAUGUCUCAGGAUGAUGCUGGCAUCUCCGGCUUUACACUAGUGAUUGAUGGCCGUACGUUAGACUUUGCCCUGCAGAAGGAGUUACAGAAAGUAUUCCUGGAUGUAACAGUCAGCUGCCGAUCGGUCAUAUGCUGCAGAUCUACCCCCCUGCAAAAGAGCCAAGUAGUUCGACUUGUUGGUGACUCACUGGGGGUCAUGACCCUCGCUAUAGGUGAUGGAGCAAAUGAUGUCAGUAUGAUUCAGGUGGCAGAUGUGGGUGUUGGGAUCUCAGGUCAGGAAGGCAUGCAGGCUGUGAUGUCCAGUGAUUUUGCCAUCUCCAGAUUUAAAUAUCUGAGAAAACUCUUGCUGGUUCAUGGGCACUGGUGCUACACACGACUAGCUAACAUGAUCCUGUACUUCUUUUAUAAGAAUGUUAUGUUUGUGAAUCUGCUGUUCUGGUUCCAGUUAUUCUGUGGUUUCUCAGGAAGCACUAUGAGUAAUUCUUGGGUGCUCAUCUUCUUUAACCUGCUGUUUACGUCAAUUCCACCGCUGCUGUAUGGCGUGCUGGAUAAAGACGUGUCUUCUGACACACUCCUGUCCCUACCACAGCUUUAUAAAGCUGGACAGAACUCUCAGGCCUACCUCCCCUCCACCUUCUGGCUGAACAUGGUGGAUGCUUUUUACCAAAGCCUGGUCUGCUUCUUUAUUCCAUAUUGUACGUACGCAGGUUCAGACAUUGAUCUGUUCUCUUUUGGUUCUCCAAUCAAUGGUUCAGCUCUUCUCAUCAUCCUUCUGCACCAGGUCAUAGAGAGUCACACACUGGAAUAGCAGUUACACAUCUUCCAGUCAGCAACCUGCUUAUCCUUGUCCUCACUGCAACAGACUCUUCCGGGCCCGGAUUGGACUGAUCAGCUAUCUCCGGACCCACCUCCCAAGUGAAUAGAUGACAUAAAUGGUCCUCAUCGACACCGAUGGACGAGCAUCAUUGAUAACAUGAGCACAUAUGAGCUUUGGAAUUUGUUGAAUUAAGUAUUUGUCAACGUACCUUUUAUGAGCUGUUAAUUUAUGUAGGGAUAUGAUGCCUUUGGAGGUCUGUCCCAUUUAUAAAACUUUGAGGAACUUAAAAAGGAAGCAUAUACAGUUGUGGUUGGAAGUUUACAUACACUCAUCAUGAUUUUUUUUAACUGUUCUUUUUCUGGGGCAGAAUGAUUGUACAGCAUACAUCUUUUAAUAAAAAACUAAAUCAAGAAUUUGGUUCACAAGUUUGAAUUUAUUUGGGGUUUUCUGUAGUCAACACAAGGUCAAAAUUAUACAGACAGCACACCUAAUAUUUAGUUGCAUGUCCUUUAGCAAGUUUCCCCUCAAGCAGAAACUUUUGGUAGCCAUCCACCAGUUUCUGGUGGAAUUCUGGUUGGAUAUUUGACCAUUCUUCUUGGCAGAAUUGGUAAAGUUCAAUGACAUUUGUUGGUUUCUUGGCCCUGACUCGACUUUUAAGCACAGUCCACAAAUUUUCGAUAUGGUUGAGAUCAGGACUUUGGGAAGGCCAUUCCAAAAGCUUAAUGUUCGCCUGCUUUAUCCAUUCCACAACCAGCACUGAUGUGUGUUUGGGAUCACUGUCCUGCUGAAACACCCAACUGUGUCCAAGUUUCAACCGUCUGGCUGAUGGUUUGAGAUUAUGCUGAAUAAUUCUAAGAUAGUCCUUCUUCUUCAUUAUUCCAUCCACUUUGUGUAAUGCACCAGUUCCUCCGGCAGCAAAAGCAGACCCAGAGCAUAAUGCUACCACCACGCUUUAUAGUUGGUACAGUGUUCUUAGGGUUGAACACACCACCUUUACUCAUCCAAACAUACCUCUGGUCAUUGUGGCCAAACAACUCAAUCUGUCUCAUCUGUCCAUAAAACUUUCCUCCAGAGGACUUUUUCUUUGUUCAUAUGGUCAGCCGCAAACUUUACAUGUGCUUGAAAGUGUCGAUUUUGGAGCAGGAGCUUCUUUAUUGGAUGGCAGCCUUUCAGUCCAUGGCAAUGUAAAACUCGCUCGAAUGUAGACAGUGACACUGAUGUUCCAGCAGCUUCAAGUUCAUGGCAGACCUGUGCCUUGGUGGUUCCUGGGUUUUACCUGACCAUCCGAACCAGUUUCCUCUCAGCUGAGGGUGACAGUUUGGUUCUUCUUCCAGACCUUGGCAAAGUGGCUAUACUUCCCAAUAACUUUGAACUGAUAAACUAAUAAAUUGAUAUUGGAAUCUGCGAUUGUUUAGAAAAGGCUCCAAGAGACAUUCCUGACUAAAUCCACCAUCCUCUUUUUCAGAUCUGCACUAUUCUCCUUGGACUUUCUGAUAGUACUGUGUGUUGGUCAAUCCAAAGAGUGCUGUCAAACAAGCCGUUUUUAUGUUCGCACAGAGAAGCUGCCAGCUGUAGUCAAUCAUGAUCACUAACAGGAAAUUAAGAGGCCUUGGUCUUGUCAAUAUGUUUAGAAGAAUAGGCCAAAAUCACACCUGAAUACUGCGGCCGAUUAAUUUCUUCAUACAGGCAGCGUCUUGAAGCUGUCAUUACAAACAAAGGCUUCUCCACUAAGUAUUAAAUAAAUUUCAGUUAGUGUGUUCAAUACUUUUUUCCUGUAAAUAGCCUCAUUGGAAAUAUAUUUACUGAAAAAAAUGUUGACGCGUUCACUACUUAUUUCCACCACUGUAAUUAUGCCCACAAGCUGCAUGAUGGAGCUGCUGUUAGUUUGUACUGUAUAGUCAUCAGGAUAAUUAUCACAUUUCUGGUGGAAUUACUGUUCCUACACACUGUGUCCUCUCUGCUGUUGUUUCCAUCAGUCGUCGUCCAUGCAUAGUGAGCAUAGUAGACAAGCCAUAUCUAAGCAUACCUUAUAAAAUUGCUGACUGAUAGAGGACAUGGUGUAAUGAUGAUACGGUAAUGGUGAUACAUUUUUAUGGUAAUGUAGAAAAAACCUAGAAGGCCCUGAUCUACCUCUAAAUAUUAAUAAUGAAGCAAAACCAAUAAACCAAACUGCUAUCACUAACUGAUUUUGAACAUUAUAGGUUUGGUUCUCAAAAAGACCAAAUUCUGUUUGUCUGAGAAUUUCUCUAAGUGUAUUAGAUUUGGUCUAGAUUUACUUAUUUAUCUAUUGUCUUUGCCUCAUAUUAACACUGGAUUGUUGUGUGAUCUGCAGACAUGGCUCCAUGCAGUGGUGUUACUAGGCAGUGGCAUCUUCUACUACGCGUUUGUGCUAGUGUUCAGUGUCACAUGUGUGACAUGUAA